UUCUCUCCGUCACAUGGAACCACAGCCAUGCCGAGGAAUUGAGAGCAGGCUAUAGGGAUGGAGGGGGCUUAAAAACUGUGGAGGAGACUAUCGGUUCGACAUAACAUUGGGCGGAACAUAGUCGUUUGUGUACUUGCUUUUCUCUUCGGAAAAGGAGACAACAGGGCGCGUGAGGGAUUGGGGGCGUCGUAGAAUGCCAAAUGCAAUGCUGCAUUUAUGUUUUCACAUGAGAACGAGACCCAAGCAAUCGACUUUGAUUGAUUAUGCUUGCGGAGAGUGCAUGGUCCGAGUGGAAGCAGAAAUUGAAGAAACCGACCAAGGUAGAUGCUGCGCGCCGUCGCGCCUCCAGAAUCUUUGAACUGAAUCCCAGGGAGACUGUGGCGCUUCCCUGUGUGCAUGUGUGUAAGGGUGUGAGUGUGUGUAAGGGUGUGAGUGUGUGUGUGUGAGAAAGCGAGCGUCAGCGCUCCCACAUGGCCUCCAUGCAGGACGGGCUGAACUUCACUGCUCCUCCCUACGGCAAGGUCCUGCUGCUGGGCGCUAUCGCUGCUGCCUCAGCCUUCGUUGUCACUAUCCUGAUCGUGGUGCUCUGUGUGGGUUGCCAGAGGAAAGGGAAGGCUCAUAAUGUUUCCGGCGAGGGUGGUAAACACAGGUUGAUGGACAUGGGUAUACUCAGGCAGUCCAAGCUGCGCUCCAUCAGCAAGUCGGACACUGAGAUGAACAAGCUAAACUGCAAUGGCAAGAAGGCUUCUAAAAAGAAUCGUCCAGCCAGUAUGGAUCUUCUUCUGCUGCCCAGCCGCAGGUCCAACUCAGACCUGCGCUCCCAGGGCCGCCAGCUGCCCCAGAUUCCCUCGGGCACCGGAGAGGACGGGGAGCACACCUACUCCGAGGUGGGGCACCGCUCCUCUCCCAAACGUGGGACUGACGAUACCCUUUACGCCAUGGUUGGCAGGGCUGGGCAGACGGACACUCCAGCCCCCCCGGCUGUCCCUGCCAACACCCCAGCACCCCCUGACCUAGAUGGGGAUGGGGUGGAAGGGGGGCUGCCUGAGCAGGAGCCAGUGGCCCAGGUGAUGGCUCCACCCCACCCCCAGGAGGCAGCAGAGUACGCCUGUGUCCGGAAGCUGCGCAAGGCAGACAAAGCCCCCCAGAAGAGGGAUAGCGGGACGGAUAUGGGGGAGCCACCGGCUCCACCCCCACGCCACGCCCCACCAUCACACCCUGCCCCUCCACCGCCACACCCUCAUAGCCAGAAGAUGCCCCGUAAGAACAUGGAGGCUUUCAAUCUUCCUAGUUUCCCCAAGGAAGCAGUAUUUAUGGGUAAUGGCGAGCAGUACAUCUGGAAGCCUCCAGAAGAUGAUGACAUCACCAUGCUCCAAAACAAGCCUUUAGGCCCUCUGAGUCCUCACAGUGGAGAGAAUAUCAUACAGCCAUCCACAGCUGUGGUUGCAGAGAUGUACUCAAAGGUGUGCAAGCCGGGUAAAAAGAAGAGAACUGUGCCUGGGUCUCCCCCAGCCAACAGUGGCUUCCGGACCUUGGGGCGUGGCGACCGGGAGCGAGAUGGGGGGUUCAGUGUGGUGGUCAAGCCCCAGACAUGGGCCCCAUUGGAGGGAAAAGCAGUUGGAGGACCCCCCGGCAUAUUGGAUGACCACUGUUAUGAGUCCAUUGGGACGGAGGAAUGCGAUGCGGCCUAUGAGGCCAUGGAUGGAGGUGGCGGCUGGAAGCGAGAGAGGCCCCCCAACACCUGUGCCACACUGCGGCCCCGGAGGAAGAAAUCCCAGCAGCCCUUGCAGCAGCAGCAGCCUCCGCCACCACCACCUACGCAGCAGACCCCCAAGUUACAACACCUGCCCGCCAAAGCCCUUCUGCUGCCAGGGGAGAACCUCUAUGAGAGCAUUGGGGACCUGAAGCAGGGCUCCACCACCUCCAGUACCACCACCAUCUUCACCUUCAACGACGGCAUGGAGAUGUACGUCACAGGGCUUUAAGGCUGACCUGUGCUAUGACACCUCAUCCCCGCACAAAGAACAGCACAGGGAGAGCAGGUGGAGAAGCCUCUCAUGCUCACUCACGCAUACUGUUUACAUUUGAGUCAUGACAUCCUGCCUUUCAGAGCCUACAGAGGCCUUAGGGCAAUCGAGUUGGCUCGAUGACCUGGGUUACAGAAGUCCCUGGAUACAAUCUAUACCUUAAAAUGAAUCCAAAGGUAGUAAACAAAACGAAAAGAGCACAACACUAUGACAGAAGUUGUUUCUGUAUGAUCAUUGUAGCACUUCUAUUUUAAUGCUGUGUAUAGCACAAUUUAAGGGAAAAGCCUAAAUGAUUCCCUAUUGUAGUGGGUAGACAUUGUCCUUGUCUAACCUGGACCCCAAUUAGGAAGUAGCACAGCAUUGUGUUCACUCCUUUGGUAGCACUUAGUCUGGGUGUGGCAGACCUUCCCUGUAGUUGGUCAAGAUGUGAAUCUGGAAGGAAUUGAAAUGAUAAUCUAAAGAAGAUAAAUAUUAAUCAGAAUACUUGAAAGCUCAGGGACCAAGAGUAAAAUGAGAGUAUAAUUACAAAAUUGCACACAUUUCGCAUUCCUCCUAAAAUAUAUAGAAAUAAUUUUGACCAUAUUCAUAUGAAAAGAGGCCAGAUAUUUUACCCUUUUUCAUAUUAUGUUUCAUAUUACAUGGACUACAAAACUGUCUCCACUGCCGUCUGUAAAUGAAGUGUUUUAAUUUGUCUAUCCUGUUUCUGCACUUUGCCUGCUAAAACUUGCAUGCUAAAAAAAAGAAAGAAAAUCGAACAAAAAAAUCAAGCACCGUCACGUGAUACCUAUAUUGAAUGGUUUCUUUUUUUACUGUUGUUGACUGUUUAGUUAUUUUAGCGUUGCUUUGUAUCUCUUUGAGAGAACUAUGUUAAGUAGAUUCAGCACAUGUUUGGUCACUGAGCCUGUGGCUGUGAGUGGAGUCAGGUUCCUCUCCGCCCACAUCUGUGGCUUGUUAACACAAGACUAUCAGAACUGCUUGGGUCAGACAGGUGGAGGCUGGCCACACCUCUCUUCCUGCUCCAUCCUCAGUAUCAACACAGUGGACCAAUCAACCUGCUGUGUGGUCAUACGGGGUCACACCCUGCUGCAGCCGUGGAAGCUGGUUAACCUGAGAACUACUACAGUAGCAAUCUUUGUCUUAUUGCUCUAAUGAUGAACAUACUUUUUUCUGUCUCUCACUCACUCACUCACUCUCUCUCUCUCUCUCUCUCUCUCUCUCUCUCUCUCUCUCUCUCUCUCUCUCUCUCUCUCUCUCUCUCUCUCUCUCUCUCUCUCUCUCUCUCUCUGUCAGUGAUGUAUUUUGGAAAAAUAUGGAACAAAUAAACAACAAGACAGUGACGUGAGCAAAAGACAAUACUAAGGUAUAGUUGUUGUUGUUGUUGAGGAGAGUAUCUUCUAAACUUGGAUACUAAAGAGGAAUUUAUUUGACCAAAUAUCCCCAGCACACAAUGUGAUUAUUCUGUAUGUUGAUGCAAUGUGUAUGUACGUUACAAAAGAGAAAGAAUAAUAAAUAUAUAAUUGGUGUCAAGAAAUCUAUCUUUUACUAUUAUGUUUGAUUGUGUUUUUGGAAUGACUUUGUCUGGUUACAAAAACGACAAAACAGCUACAUUGUGAAUUUUGAUGUUUUGUUUGUUAAUUUUGGAGCCAUUUAAGCUAUGGUGUGUUCUUUGAAAGCCCAGCUAAGUUUAAUGUGGCAGCUAAUGUUGUGUGUUUGCUAUUCAGACUACAGGGUCUUGUACUCGAAGCGUGUAAUUAAGUGCUAAGUGCAAAAGAUUGUAAUGUUUUAUAUCAAGAUUACUAUUCAUGAAAAUGUCAGUCAAGUUUAUACUUUUGUAAUAAAGUGGCACUU